AUGGACUCUCUGUUUGAUAACAAGGGCAUGCUGAAUGUUGCACUGUCUUGUCUUAUCUUAGCUUUCUUUUUAUAUCCUCUGCAUAGUGGAAUAGAGGUUAGAGACUUCGGCGCCAGUUGGAGAGAUGGCGUCGCUUUCCUCGCCAUCAUCGACGCCAUCAAAAAGAACCUGGUGAACAUCGCCGAGAUGAAGAAGGCCUCCAACAGGGACCGUCUGGAGACGGCCUUCGACGUGGCCGAGUCCCACCUGGGAAUCCCCAAGAUUCUCGACCCCGAAGACGUCGACGUUCCCAAGCCCGACGAAAAAUCGAUCAUGACUUACGUCGCACAAUUUUUACACAAAUAUCCUGAACCGAAAGCUACAGGGCCUGAUGCUAUAGCCGCCAUCCAGGAACAAUACAGCGAACUCCUCUCGUGGCUGCUUAAGAAAACCCAACACUUAGACCACCUCCAACAAACCAACUCAUUACCUCUAGACUAUAACGAAUACUCGGCUUUCAAAGCCGAAGUGGACGAUCGACAAAAACUCUACACCCGACUGAAGAACCUUAUUGAAUCCCAAAGCCCAGUCUCUAUCGCCAAAGAGUCUUGGUCGGAAGUCACUAGACUUUGGGACAAGCUCCAACUUCAACUCUUGUACUGGCUGUGGCUGUUGGACUCUAGAUUACCUGGAGACUUCAAGACUAUCGGAGAAUGGUUGGCCAAGGCCGAGAAGUUGUUAUAUUGUGACGAAAUUCCUACCGUGAUGAAUGAAGAGACUGCUACGAUUAUUAGUAGGAAGUUAGAAGAACACAAAGCGUUCUUCGCGGAUUUGCCCGCGGUGGAACAGAGAUUCGCCAGAGCGCGCCAAAGUCCCCUCGCUAACGAAGUGCCUUCCGAACAGUUGAAUAAUAUGGCUGUAAGACUGAACGAGGUGGGACCCAAAGCGGCUCAGAGACGGGUCAGGCUCAAGUUCCUCGAACACAAGUGUUGCCUUAUCGCAUUUUUACAACUGACAGAAACGAAACUGAAGUCGUGGACUGCCAAAUACGGACGCGUCGACAAAGUCGUCCAACUUCUCGACCAGUACAGGAAUUUUGUGUCGAAGAAUCACAUUUUCCAAGAAUUCAACAAAGCCUUUCGUGAUAUGCAAGCUGUUAUAGAAGAAUACAAACGUGAUGGAAAUAUUGACAAGUUUAUGAGAGACAUAGCCGAACGGUGGAAGAACGUAUCCAUGGAGCUAAGAUGCGUCCAAAGUAUGUUAGAAGAAGUAGUCGCAUACUGGAGACGAUGGGAUUCUUUAGCACCAGAAUUUGACACUUGGCUCAACCAAGCCGAACAAGCAAUGACAUUGGACGAAGAAGGGAAAAUGGAAUUUUUCCAAGACAUUACAGUAUACCGAGACAAAUAUCAACUGCUAGGAGAUACAGUCAGUUUCCUAAUAGCCACUGUUGAAGAUCCCAUCGCAGCCGAACUGAGAAACACAUAUCAGAACAUGACUGAACGUUGGGACAAAAUAUACCCUCACAUCAACAAGUACAGCCACGCGGGUGAUAUUCUAAGAAAUCGUAAAGAUUUCAGAGCCGGAGUUGAAGUUUUAUCAAACUGGUUAAGAAAAGCCGAAGAAACUCUUAACGCACCCAGCCUAGGCUCAAUGGACCGCAUAAGAUUACACAGAGACACCUUAAUCAAGCUACAAUCCGAAGUUGAAGAAAUAGAAAACUUGUUUAAGAAUAUUAGCAAAGCUUUCCAGACAUUGAUUCAAGAUCUAUCAAGGGACGAAGUGGAUAAAAUGAUGAACACGCUUAAACAAGAAAAGGAAGCUUUAGUGCGAGUCAGGGCAUUGAUACCAGCUCAGAUUCAUUUAUUUAAUCAAUUACUAAUCCAACAAGAGUCUCUGGAAGCUGGACAAAAAGAAAUUAAUGAUUGGCUCGAUAACGCAGAAGGUUUACUCAGCACCUUAACUUUAGAAGCAGAUAAAGAACAAUUAAAGGACCAAUUAGAUAAAGUUAAAACAUUUUUCACUAGAACGUUAUAUUACAAAUCCAUGCUAGACAGUAAAAACAAAGUACUGAAUAAUAUAGUAAAGUCUGUAGAUAGAGCUAGUAACCCUGACAUAAUUCAAAUGACGGAGAAUAUGGAACAACUAAACGAUAGGUUCGCUUAUGUCACUCAAAACGCACAAAUUUGGGAGCAGCGCCUUCAGGAAGCAUUGAGAUGCUGGUAUAAUUUCAGUGAAAGUGAGAGAGUAAUAUCAAACUGGCUAAAUCACGCUGAAAAACUAAUAUCUGAAAAACGGAUAGAUAGUAAAAGUAUCGUAGAAGAACAUAAGAAUUUCUUUGAAUCUGUCAACGAGCGAUGGAUUCACGAAUUGGUCCAAAGCGCACAAGAUUUGUGUAAUUGCCUUCCCAAAGAACAACACAGUCCUAUUACCUCAUCUGUUCAUCAUCUUCAAAACAAAUGGAAAGAGGUACUUUCAUUCGCUCCACUUCAUUUAAUGAGACUCGAAUUCCGGUUGGAUGAAAACACCUUCCAGUACUAUAUCAAAGAACUGGAGAAAGAAAUCCAGAAUGAACACCUUGCAGUAAAUAAGCAAGAAAACGUUGAACUAGUAAUCGCCAGGCACAAAGAUUUCUUCGGACCUCGAGGCCCACUGUUCGAAACUCAGAAGAGUUUGAGAAAUCUAGAACAAAUAGCUCAAGUAUACUCGCAGAAUUGUCCCGACGAUAAAAGUCUUCAAGAAUCGCUGAAGAAAGCUGAAGAAUUAUGGAAGAAUGUUAACUUGAAAAUAGAAAACGUACAGCAACAAUUGGAGAGGAUUCCUCAGAAGUGGGAUCAAUAUAGAAUCAAAUUUAGCGAGAUGGUAAGGUGGAUGGACUCAAUUGAUGAUGCCUUGAAGAAUAUUUUAACUGAUGUAAGCACACCAGAAGAAUUUGAUAGAGAAAUUGCGGCUUUUAAGGCUAUUUGCCAAGAAGCUGACCAAAAGAGAGAAGACAUGAAGUGGCUGGUUCAAACCCUUGAUUAUCUCGUUUCACAUUGUCCAGAAAGUGAAGCUAUUGCAGAACAAAAAACACUGGAGAACCUAAUCUUGAGAUACAAAAAUCUCAUACCAUCGUUAGAGAUAACUAUGACCAAAACUGAAACUAUGUCGAAAU